UAACAUUUUUAUAUAAAUAAAACCAAAAUAACACCUACCAUUCUACAAGAUGUCACAUCUUUCCUCCAGUACCAAUACCCACAUCUUUCGUUCACUCUCGUCGGAGAGUCAAAAGAAGGACUGGUCUAAACGUUUGUCCUUAAGGGGCAUACGUCAUGGUGCAGCUGGCAAUAGUCCAUCAUCUGGCAAAGAUGAUUCCAAAAAACACAAAUUUUUCAAUCGUUCUUCAUCGCUAAAGCAAUCUACCAAUACCGCCAAUACACAACCUUCAUUGGAUUUGGGUGUUGGUGGCCAGACUAGCUCCACGGCGUCACAGUCUGGCUCACAGCAACCAUCGACGCCAAAGAAAUCAAAUUGGGAAGUAAUUGAACAUUUUAAUACAAAUGCCAAAGGUGGUAAAGCUGUUGUUAGUAGUAGUUUAAUUGCGGCUGGUAUUACACGUUGCAACAUUGAUGAAUCUAUUGAUUCAACAAAUUCCAGUUCAACCUGUCAAAGUCCAAUGACAAAUCAACGUGAUGAAGCUCAUCUCCUACAACAAAAUUAUGAUUCAUCAGACACUGGACGUAACGUAGAGGCCAAUACAAAUGUGAAUGCAAACCUCAGUCCAACAAUAUCCUUUUGGUUUCGUUUGAAUCGCAUCAUCUUACGUUUGUGUAGUACGCAUCAAUUUAAAAAUUUACAAGUUGAAAUGUUGUAUCAACGUUAUUUUCUGCGCAUGAAUCAAAGCAAUACUACUCACAUACUGGUGCUAUUAUUAGCGCUUAUUUUGGCUCUAUCAAGUGCUCAUAUUGUUUUCACAACCAUGCAAGUGAAACGUAACUUUUCGACAACUUUUCAGGAUGAUUCUGUUGUAAAUGUUGAUGGCAGUAGUGGUAGUAACAAAACCAUUAUUAUGGCCGCAACCCAACUAUUAUUACCUGGUCAACAAGAAAUGAAAGAGCAGCAAGAGGAAGUGGGUGUGGGCGUAACUGCAGCAAAAGAUGAUAAAUUUAUAAUAUCCGCUUUGCAACGAAACGUGGAAAUACUCUAUCAAUUACCACCAAAAUAUAAUUUAACAACAACUACUACAACAGCACCAGCCCAAAGCAAUCAAAUUGAUAAGAUGGAAACAAGAAGUUUUCAUUCUUAUGGCAACUUUAAUAAGGAGAAUAAACUUAGUGCUAGUGAACCUCAAGACGUUGAAAAUUUUGAGCAAGGAAAUGGUUUGGAUACUGAAGUUAUUACUAACCACAAACCAACUUCGUUAAUAAUGCACAAUUUACCUCUACCAGAAUUUGUAGCAAGUGCCAAAGUUGUAAGUUCUAAACAGCUACAGCCACAACAACUACAACAACAAAUUCUUCAUCAUCAAUAUAAUUUGAACGAUGACUCUAAAGCCGCUUUUGUUUCACGGUUAUUUAAACGUCGAAAACGAAAAUAUUUAAAUAGACAUUUGCUAAAGCACCGUUCAAGAGUUUUGUUGUGCAUUUUGGCAAAACCCGCCAUGAAUGAGAUAUUUUUGGUGUUGGUAUCUUAUGUCAUUGUUGGCACAUUUGUGGCAAUACAAAUAGCUGUGGGAUAUGCAACAUUGCCAAGCAAAUCAUUCAAUGGUACUGUAUGCAGUGUUAUUUUCAUCUACAUGACAUACACCAUGUUGCCACUGCGCUUACGGGAAUCAUUAGUUGGUGGCAUCAUACUAUCCGCAACACAAAUCUAUACAAGUUUGCGUUAUGUUGAGGACACCUACCAUUGGCAAGAGUUAUUUAGCUCGUUAAUGGCUUUAUUUUUAUCCAAUCUGACCGGCAUUUAUACGCACUGGCCCAAGGAGAAGGCACAACGUAAAGCAUUCAUUGAGACACGUCAAUGUAUAGAGGCUCGUUUGCGUACGCAACGUGAAAAUCAACAACAGGAACGUCUUUUAUUAUCGGUUUUACCGCGACACGUUGCCAUGGAAAUGAAAGAUGAUAUCGCAGGACAACCGCGUGAUACACAAUUUCACAAGAUCUAUAUACAAAGACACGAGAAUGUAAGCAUUUUAUUCGCUGAUAUUUGCGGUUUUACAAGUCUGUCAGAUCAAUGUACGGCAGAGGAAUUGGUGCGUCUGUUAAAUGAACUAUUCGCCAGAUUUGAUCGAUUGGCCGCCGAACAUCAUUGUUUACGUAUUAAAUUAUUGGGUGAUUGUUAUUAUUGUGUCUCGGGGUUACCAGAACCUAGACCGGAUCAUGCUCAUUGUGCUGUUGAAAUGGGAUUGGAUAUGAUUGAUGCGAUAGCUUUGGUACGUGAGGUAAUGGCGGUUAAUGUCAAUAUGCGUGUUGGCAUCCAUACUGGACGUGUACAUUGUGGUGUUCUGGGUUUAGUAAAAUGGCAAUUUGAUGUGUGGUCAAAUGAUGUGACAUUAGCAAAUCAUAUGGAGAGUGGUGGCAUACCAGGAUUCGGUUUCAAUGAUAAUAGUGAAUCAACGAAAGAUCCCGAAGACGAGGUCAAUGAAUAUCUGAUGAGAGCCAUAGAUGCUCGCAGUAUUGAUCAUUUAAGAUCAGAACAUUGUAAAUCAAUACUAUUAUCCUUUAAGGAUAACUCACUAGAAAGAAAGUAUGUUACCGAACCAGAUCGCAUGUUGAGCGUGUAUUUUAAUUGUAGUUUUAUUGUUUUAAUUGGCACCACUGUUAUACGCCUGUGUGUCUUUCAGAGCAAUGUUUAUACAGUAGGUAUUUCCUGUUUAGCUGUGGCUGUUAUGUUUCUGAUAUCCUUGGUGGUGGCAUGUCAUGAUCUCAAUGUCAAAGAAAUUGUAUUAAAUUUUACAACUCCAACAAGUCUAAUUGCAUCUGAAGAUGGUAACAGCAUAUUCAGCAGCAUAAUUAACAACAGUAAUAGCAUUAGUAAAAAUACUAGCAUCAACAAUAAUACAUCAUUAUUUGUAGAUGAUAUAAAUUAUGAAGAUACAAUAAAAUUGUUAGCAACAACAAUACCACCCACCGAUGAAGCAACAGCAGGUGCAAAAUUCAAAUACUUUGACUGUGAUUAUUAUUUAGCCAUUAAUACCUUUUUGUUGCUGACAUUACUCUCCAUGAUGACCUGUGCCACUUAUCAAGUUUUACGCAUCUUGUUGAAGUCAAUUUUAUUGUUGAUGGCUUCGGCUUAUUACAUUGGAUUUUCCAUUUAUUUUCUUGUCCAGGAGGAAAUUCAUUUUAUGUUAGACAAUGAAGAAGCGCUAUUGCGUUAUAUAAUUGAUUCAAUUUUCCUUUUUGCUUUUAUGGUUGCAUUGAUUUUUCACAGCCAUCAAACAGAGGCAACGUAUCGUUUGGAUUUCAUUUGGAAGUUGCAAGCAACGGAGGAAAAGGAAGAUAUGGAACAUUUACAAGCGUACAAUCGCAAACUGUUGGAAAACAUAUUGCCCGUACAUGUGGCAGAACAUUUUCUGAGUCGUGAUAAAAAUAUUGAUGAUUUAUAUCACGAACAAUGCGAUAGUGUUUGUAUUUUAUUCGCUUCAAUACCAAAUUUUAGUGAAUUUUAUGUUGAGCUGGAAGGAAAUAACGAGGGUGUCGAAUGUUUACGUCUGCUCAAUGAAAUUAUAGCGGAUUUUGAUGAAUUACUAAGUGAAGAACGUUUUCGUUAUAUUGAAAAGAUUAAGAGUACAGGUGCUACUUAUAUGGCUGCUUCGGGAUUAACAGCUCAGACCUGUGAUCUGGUGAAUUAUAAACAUAUUACAGCUAUGGCGGAAUAUGCUUUACAGUUAUUCGAUAAAAUUGAAGAAGUUAAUAUGCAUUCGUUUAAUAAUUUUCGCAUGAGAAUUGGCAUUAACAUCGGUCCUGUUGUGGCGGGUGUAAUCGGUGCUCGAAAACCUCAAUAUGAUAUCUGGGGUAAUGCUGUAAAUGUUGCAUCACGCAUGGACUCAACGGGCUUAGUCGAUCAUAUACAAGUCACUGAAGAAACCUAUCAAAUUCUAAAGCCACGUGGCUUUAAAUUAACUUGUCGUGGUAAGGUUAAUGUCAAAGGUAAAGGUUCCAUGAUCACGUACUUCCUAGAGGGUAAAUUACCCGAAGACAAAAUACAAAAUCAAACUUCACUACAAUCAGAAAUUAUAAUGGAAACAGCAACAGUGGAAAAAGAUGAAACUAAUCAUAAUGGAGACAUUGUUAAAUUGGAUACUAAACCGGAAGAGAGCAUAAAAUGUCCACCAGAUACGCUGGCGCUAACGAAACAAGUUAGCAGCAAUUUAACGGAAUCAGAAGAUUUAUCUCCAGAUAUUGAUCUCAAUUCAAAUAUGAGUAAUCUAACAGCACAACGACGUAAAUCCCUGUGUAGACAGCAUAAUAUAUCAUCUUCCUUUGGUACAACGGUGAGUUCGAAUACUUCGGUAACACCGUGUAUAUCGAAUAGUUCAAGUGUUAUAACUAUAGGCACUCUACCAACUAUAGCCAAAAAUAAUUCCUCAUCCAUUGAAAACACCUCUGAGGGUAAUAGUUUAAUGAGCAAGGCGAAUUUCCUGCCGCGAACAGCUCUAGAUGAGUUAAAGGACGGGGAGACGGAGAGUGACAAGGGUACGCAUAAAAAUUCUAUAGAAAAUUUAGAAAUAUUACUCAAAAAUAAUAUAAGCCUCUCAGAUCUUAAUAAUAAACAACAACUGAACCUAAGAGUCACAGAGGCAACACGUAAUCCCUAUAAAAAGACCACCGAAACCGCAGCAGUUGUUGGUGGUGGUUGUGGUAAUGUAGUAGCCAAAAGAAAACAACGAUCUGUUACCACUAUUACGACAGCAACAACGGCGGCGAGUAGUAGCAAACAUUCAUCCUCAUCUCCCCAACGUUAUUCGGAUACAACGCAUUUGUUGAAGGACUCUUCAACACUGACCCCGCCACCUUCUCCAACACAUUUAAACGAUACAAAUGAUACAUUUAAAACACCUUGCGAACUAACAUUCUCCUCUCAAUCAUCUACCACCUCACCUGACUCCAAAGCCAUAUGGUUAAAUCUUAAACCCCAUCAUCAGCAUGCAAAACAAAAUCAUCAUAAACAUCAUUUAGCUAUGAAAACAUCACAAUCGUUAAGUCCUCUGGGUCUCUACAGUGAAGUUAUCAAUAUACCCAACUCACGUAGUAUGAUUGUUAUGGCGGCAACUACUGAAAACUCUCCAGCAGCAAUGACUACAACUACUCCCGAUAUUUCGCAUACCAACAAUUCCAUAAAUUCCUCAGUACCAUUAACCGAUGUGGUAAGUACUUAAGGACUUCUAAAUUAAGUAAGUUCGCUUCAGUAUUAUGUUGUGUUAUUUUUCGUUUCGUUACGAAAGAAAACACUAAAAUUGUAGAAAUCUGUUCCUAUUUAUGAAAUUGUAAAUAUAUCUUUUUUUACGAGCAGCAAGUGCAUACAAGCAUUUAUGUUUAAUAUAAACAUAAAAGUAUGUAUGUAUAUGUUGCUAUAUAGUUAUAUAUUUUUAUGUAUAAGUAGAUAUCUAUUACUCUCUUUUAUACAUGUACGUAUGUAUGUAAUAUUAUGUAUUAUAUAAUAAGUAAUAAAAAAUAACACAUCAUCACUUAACAAGGGGGCAAUUGCAGGUAUUAAAUCUAGAUAGUAUUUUUAUAUUGUUAAGAAGUAGAAGAAGAUAAUAGGACAUACAUGAAUAGGAGAAGCAGUUAGGUGGAAAAUUAUGGCACACUCGUUGUUAACUCUGCAUUUAACUUAAAAAAGAUAGAGAAAGCUGAUAUCUCUUGGUUAAUUAAAAAUAAAUCUCCUAGCAAAGGCUUAACUAUAAAUUUACCAUUAAGUUGACGUCGUUUCUUCUUUUAUUCCAAAUUCAAUUAACCCGAUGUCCACGAAUGGUCAUUAGUCUUUAUUCGUGCUUU